CUCCUUCGUCUUUUUGCAGUGACAGCAAACUGUAUUUGAGUGCGUGUCAUUAUUUUUUCCUAACGAUUUUCUCUGCUUUCCUCAAGAAAAUCGUGGAAAAUACACCAGUUUUGUGUAAAAAUAAUUAAAUUUUAAAUAAAACACAACAUAAUAGUGAAUAAAACAUGUCGGGUGAAGUGGUUGAACAAGUAGUGGAAGCUGUGAAAGAAGCAACCGAAUCGGCUGUCGAAAAUGCAACUGAAACCAUAACAAAUGCAAAAGUACCCUCAACUCCUGAAGGUAUUGCUGUGGCCUAUGGAAGUCUGGUCAUUAUGGCUAUGUUACCAAUUGUUUUUGGUUCCAUACGCUCCGUCAAAUUGCACAAAGCAAAAAAGAUAAGCGGCGAAAAAGCUGAUACUAUGACAACUAAAGAUGCUAUGUUCUUCCCCCUCAUCGCAUCCGCAGCUCUUUUCAGUCUCUAUAUUAUCUUCAAAAUUUCCUCCAAAGAUCACAUUAACCUGUUAUUGACCGGUUAUUUCUUUGUUUUGGGAGUCAUUGCCUUGGCCCAUCUAUUAAGUCCUAUCGCCAAUUCAUUAAUGCCCGCCGCUGUUCCAAAAAUACCAUUCCAUAUACAUUUCACUCGCGGAGAAGGUAAAAAUAAGGAAGACAUAAUUAACUAUAAAUUCAGCACCCACGAUAUUGUGUGCUUAGUUAUAUCGGCCGCCAUUGGUGUGUGGUAUUUGUUGAAGAAACACUGGAUUGCUAAUAACAUGUUUGGACUGGCUUUUGCCGUGAAUGGUGUGGAAAUGUUGCAUUUGAAUAAUAUUGUAACUGGUUGCAUUUUGUUGAGUGGUCUCUUUUUCUAUGAUAUUUUCUGGGUAUUUGGAACAAAUGUCAUGGUUACGGUUGCCAAGAGUUUUGAAGCCCCCAUUAAACUAGUUUUCCCACAAGAUUUGCUUACCAACGGCUUAAAUGCUUCCAAUUUCGCCAUGUUGGGUUUGGGAGAUAUUGUUAUUCCUGGUAUUUUCAUCGCUUUGUUAUUACGUUUUGAUCACAGCACCAAACGCAAGAGCCGCAUUUAUUUCUAUUCCACCUUAGUGGCUUAUUUCAUGGGUUUAAUGGCUACCAUUUUCGUUAUGCAUGUAUUUAAACAUGCCCAGCCAGCUUUGUUGUAUUUGGUGCCAGCUUGUAUGGGUACUCCUUUGUUGGUGGCUCUUGUCCGCGGUGAAUUGAAAACAUUAUUUGCCUAUGAAGAUCAUCCCGAGGAAAAACCUGAAAAGAAGGAGGUCAAGGAAAGCAGCAGCAGCAGUAAAAAGAAGGAAUCGAAAAAAGCCAAAUGAUUAUCAGGUGUUGACAAUCCUGGCACAACAACAACUUCUGAUAAUACAACCAGUAACACUACCCCACAACAUUCUGCGACAGUUGUUAAACGUUAUCCCAAACAAUUUACAAAUCGUCCAAAUUCAUACAUUUAAAUGCAUGGAUUCCUUUCUUCACCCCAUAAUUUUCCAUAAAUGUUGUAUCUCUUUCUAACAAAUUAUUUUGUUUUUUUUUUACAAUUUCCUUUUGUAUUCGCUCAACUGUUUUGUUUUAUCUCUUUUUAUACUACUACUAAUUUCUACUUUUUUAUAUAUAUUUUUAGAAAUUAUGAUAAAAGUAGUUUAAUGCUUAAAAUUUCAUAAACUUUAAUCAAAAUGAAAACACAAAAUGAUAAACUAUUGAUAAACAACUAUUACAAAUAUGUAAAUAAUUAGAAAUCUGCCUUUCUUCCACAAAAAAAAAAACUUUAUUAUUUAUAAACCUAUACGAUGAACUGCUUUAUUUUAGCAGUUUUAUAUUUUUAUUUUUUUUUCCUUCUUUGCUAUAAUAAAUAACAGUUUCUUUAAUUAGACUAGACAUGAAAUUUUUAAACAAAAAAAGAAAAAUGGUUAUUUAACAAAAAAUAUAUUGUAAAAUCGGAAUAAAUAAAUUAAAAUUUAUAUGUAAAAGGA